UCAUCUUCUCAUCUUCUGAACCACACAGCUCUGAUGUGAGAGCCAGUUGUGGCGAAGGCCCUAGCCCCUCUUCUUCCUGAGGACCACUGCUGCUGCAAAUGGCAGAACCCCUGCCACAGCUGGCCCCCACCAGGCUACUCUAUUCCUCUUGCUCCGUGGAGAGGACUCUGCAGUGCAGCUGUUCCUUCCAUGGGAUCCCCACACCCUCUGUGCAGUGGUGGAUGGAAGGUUCUCUUGUGGAUGAGAACAACACAGAUGGCGACCUCCAGGUGACUUCCACCAUAAUUGCCCCCUGGGCCAACAGCACCAUCAGCUUGGUGGAGAAGCCAAAAAAGAGCAUGAAGCUUCUCUGUAAGGGGAAGAACCAAAAUGGAAUCCAUGCUUUGAGCAUCCUACUGAUACCAAGAAAGAGUCCUUCAUCCAGCAAGACCUUCAUUAAUGGGCUGAUCCAGGGCAUUGUCUAUGGAGCCAUUGCAACUGCAUUGAUGUUCCUCUGCUUCUCCCCACUCAUAAUGAAAUAUAUCAGAAUGAAGCUGACAAAGGAAGUUGCAGCAAUCAAAGCAGAAAACAACCCUACAGUCAGACCAAGCCAAGAAGCCAAGAUGCCUCUGAAGCCUAAAGAGCCAGGAAAAUCCACAAUCAGCCCAUCUUCAGAGAACCAAAUAUUGCAUCCCUUACCCUAAACUUCCAGAAAAAGCAAAAUAAACUGGAACUGAUGACACCUGUGAAGACUACAUGCCUACCUGGAGUCCCCACUGUCCAUGGAAUUAUCACAGUCUACAGAAUUCUCAGCAGCCCCAGAAACCCUGGAGUCUAUGACAAUCCCAAAGAUCCCUAAAGCCCCACCUUUCCCUCACACUGGUUCUCCAUUGAAUAGGGUCACUUUGGGACCUGGUCUUAGAACAUUUGACAGCAAACUCUAUGAUUUGCUGUUCAGGUUAACUAGAAGAAAUAUGCUCUGGCCUGGGAUGGUGUCAAAGGAAGGGAAAAUUAAUGUGAGACCAUGGUCCACUGAAAAGUAGCUUUUGAGCCCCUACUGUAUGCCCAGAACCUACUGUAUGCUCAGGCUUUAGAC